GCGCGGACGACCCGCUCGCGGGACCUCCGUGCCUUGUUUGCCGCCGGGCGGCCGCCUUUCUGCGCUGUGCGAGGCGGGGGCGGUGGGGGGCUCGAGGCCGCCGUGCAGGCAUUCGCCGCGCUCACAGCGGAAGCGCGGGAAAGACGCGGAGGGGGGCCUUUGGCGCCAGUCCACCUGGGGCCCCUUGCCGCCCUGGCGAUGCGGCACCCGGAUGGGCGCGAGGUGGUGCUGCUGGGCAGUAUGCACACGAGCUACAUGGACGGGGAAUUCCCCGUGGCCGCAGCAAUCCGGGAGGCCGUGGGGCUGCUGCAGCCCAGCGUGGUCGUGGCUGAGCUCGACGAGGACCGGGCGACGGACGCCCAGCUCUUCCCGCAGAGUUUGAGGGCGAAGCUCGACGUGCACACCCGCGCCGUUCCAGCCACCACCGUGGCGCCAGAGGGGGAGCUGUGCAUGGAGCAGUCUGUGGUCGCCCGCGCUCUGGAGGAGUUCGGCGCGGACAAGGUGCCCAGCCUGGAGGAGGUGCGGCGAGCCGCCACGGUCCUCUGGGAGCGCAGCAGCGACGAGCGUUGUUUCGACAACGCCUUCUAUCUUCAGGCGUACGAGUCCCAGCUCCGGGGCGACUUCGCGCGGGACAUGCGCGCGACAGUGCAGGCGGCCGCGGACGUGGGUGCCCCGCUCAUCCUGGGCGACGCGCCGAUCGCCGCCGCCUUCGGCCCGGCCGCCCUGGCGGAGACACGAGCGCUCUUCGCGCAGCAGCGGGAGGCGAUGCGGGAGUUCCUGGCGGACCGCGCGGGCUUCCCGCUCCUGGAGGCCGCGAAGCGCCGCGUGAUCCGCGGGGCGCUGGAGGACCGCCGCGGCGGCGACCAGGAGCUGUACGUGCGGGCGGGCUGGCUGCUGGAGCCCACGGGGCUCGGACACGAGCGCAUGCGCCAGGGCCUCCUGGAGGUCCGCGACCCCUUCCUCGCCGCCGCCUUCGACGAGCCCGCGGCGCGCGCCGCGCUCGAGCCCCGCGCGGGCGCCGGCGCGGAGGGCCCGCCGCUGGGCGUGGCGGUGCUGGGCGCCGCGCACCUCAAGGGCGUGGCCGCGGCGCUGGCGCAGGGCGGCGGCUACGAGCCCGUCGGGGCGCCGGCGCGCGGCUGGCCGGAGCUCCGCGGGGGGGGCGCCGCGAAGGGCGCGACGCGGGCGGGGCGGCCGCGGGCGGGGCGGCCCCGCAAGGGCGGCGGGGGCGGCUUCCGGUAA